AUGUUACUUGAAGAUGAUGAACAUUUGUACGCAGCACUAGAAGAGGCAGCACUUUGCCAAUCUCCGCAUAUGAUACGGGAUCUAUUUACGAUUAUAUUAGUGUUUUGCCAAGAUUCCGUGGAUGCAGAAAACUUAGCGGACGUAGUGUUGAACAAAUGCUUAUCGAUAAUAGAAGAUGCUGUGUUAGCAUUAGGUGGUCAGCCACUUAAAGAAUAUGGCUUACCUCAGCCAAGCAACUCUGAACAUUUCGACUUAGUAGCCUUAGAAGACGUCGUAAGAAACAAUGAAGAAUCUCUGAAUGACGAACAAAAGUUUGCUUACAAUCACAUUAUUACAAGUGUUAAUAAUAAUGAGGGUCGAAUAUACUUUUUAGAUUCUCCAGGUGGAACUGGAAAAACUUUCUUAAUCAAUUUGAUUUUAGCGAAAGUUAGAAGUACUCGCGACAUUGCCUUAGCUGUAGCAUCUUCUGGAAUCGCAGCUACACUGCUCGAGGGUGGUCUAACGGCCCAUGCUACCUUCAAAUUACCACUCAAUCUAACAACUUCGGUUACUCCCUUUUGUAAUAUAUCAAAACAAAGUAAUUUUGCGGAAGUUUUAAAAGAUACAAAAUUAAUAGUGUGGGACGAAAUUACAAUGGCGCAUAAGGGUGGUGUUGAGGCUUUAAAUAGAUCUCUAAAGRAUAUAAGGGGAAAUAAAAGGUUAAUGGGUGGUGUAACGGUUUUACUGGUUGGAGACUUUAGGCAGACUCUACCAGUAGUACCAAAAGGAACCAGAACUGAUGAAGUCAAGUCAUGUCUUAAAAGAUCUAUUUUAUGGUCUAAGAUUAAUAUACUCAAACUGUUAAAAAAUAUGAGGGUAAACUUGGAAGAGGAAAAGUUUGCUGGUGGAUUUGCAGAUCUUUUACUUGAAAUUGGCAAUGGUGAUUAUCCAUCGWUUGAUAAAAUGAUAACUAUCCCAGAAAAUUUGUGCACAGUUGUAACUACGGUUCAGGAUUUAAUAUCAAAAAUGUAUCCAGAUAUUGCUCAUAUUCAUGAUAAGCCUAUGGAAUGGUUGUAUGAACGUGCUAUACUCACUGAUGUCUUUUGA